AUGCUCUCACGGAGACUACUUGUUGCGUCGCGUUUAGUGCGGGCUGCGCGUGCGCCACAGUUGCGAUACCCUUUUCCAGUUGUCCAGCAGUUCCGGUCAUAUGCGGAUAAGACAGUCAAAGUGCCAGAGAUGGCCGAAUCCAUCUCGGAGGGCACUCUGAAGCAGUUCUCGAAGCAGGUGGGCGAUUAUGUCGAACUGGAUGAGGAAAUUGCGACCAUUGAGACCGACAAGAUCGAUGUCGCCGUCAAUGCCCCUGAGGCUGGUACAAUCAAGGAGUUCUUGGUAAAUGAGGAGGAUACGGUUACUGUUGGCCAAGAUCUUCUUCGUCUCGAGCUUGGGGGUCCCCCAGAAGGAGGGAAGGAGGAAAAGGCAGACUCGACACCAAAAGAGCCUGCCUCCAGCGAACAGCCAACAUCUUCAGACCCCAAGCCGUCGAAAGAGGAACCAAAACCCAAGGACGAAUCGAGUCCACCACCUCCCGCGCCCAAAGAGAAAAAGCCCGAGCCAAAGAAAGAGUCUCCACCCCCAAAACAAACCGAGUCAAAGUCCGAUUCCAAGCAGAGUCCAGUACUAGGAAACCGUGAGGAGCGUCGUGUCAAGAUGAACCGCAUGCGCCUACGUAUUGCAGAACGUCUAAAGCAGUCACAAAAUACCGCAGCCUCUCUGACAACUUUCAACGAGGUUGAUAUGUCAUCGCUGAUGGAGUUCCGGAAGCUCUACAAAGACGACAUUCUGAAGAAGACUGGCGUAAAGCUCGGUUUCAUGAGUGCCUUUUCACGUGCUUGCGUAUUGGCGAUGAGAGAUAUUCCAGCUGUCAAUGCCUCAAUUGAAGGUCCAAAUGGUGGAGAUACCAUUGUCUACAGGGACUACGUCGAUAUCAGUGUUGCUGUGGCCACUGAGAAAGGUCUGGUGACUCCAGUUGUGAGAAACACUGAGGCUAUGGAUUUGGUCGGGAUCGAAAAGUCCAUUGCAGACUUGGGCAAGAAGGCCCGUGACAACAAGCUCACUAUUGAGGACAUGGCUGGCGGUACCUUCACAAUCAGCAAUGGCGGUGUUUUCGGGUCCUUGAUGGGCACACCAAUUAUUAAUCUCCCGCAGACUGCUGUUCUCGGGUUGCACGCCAUCAAGGACAAGCCAGUGGUUGUCAAAGGUGAAAUCGUUAUUCGGCCCAUGAUGUACCUAGCUCUGACGUAUGACCACCGUCUCUUGGAUGGCAGGGAAGCUGUACAAUUCUUGGUGAAAGUCAAGGACUAUAUUGAGGAUCCUCGCCGGAUGCUGUUAUAA